UCUUGCAUCCGCAUCAAGUCGGAGGAUAGGAGGAUAUUUAUCCCUCCUUGUCUCAGACUCUUUCCAAAUUCUGGAGAUGCAAGCCCCUAACGCAUUUCUCUCGAGCGAGAUACAAGCUUAGUUCCCGCAUCAGAGCAGGCCUUGUGCCACAGCGUGUCUCCGAAGGGUAGACGACGGCUAUAUAUACAUUGUUUGGAAAGGUGUGAGCGUUCAGGUGAUAAAGAUGGAUUCAGUGUAUUACUAUUUUCCUCUUUUCACAAUUUUAGGCUGUCUCAUAACUCAAGGAAAUUGCAUAAAAUGCUACAUUUGUAGCUUUUCCCCGUAUGACAGGAACAACAGAACAGACAAGUGCACUGAGGAGAAUUUUCAACAUCAGAUGGUGUACAGUGACGAAUGUAAACUUGGAUGUGAAUCCGUUAUCCAGUAUGAUGCAAAUGAUGAAAUGGAGCAGUGGAAAAGAAACUGCCUCCAGGAAGGUCACAAACUGACCAACGACUGCGAAACCGAGAAGACUCCAGUCCUGAGACUAGUGCGUUGCACUUGCGACAGAGAUUUGUGCAACUCAGCAGUCACAAUCCAAUCCUACUCUUUGCAAUUACUGUUUGGCUUUAUGACUCUAAUAUGGAGGUCAUAUUCUAAUUGAUAAAAUUAUCUCUGUAAAUAACUCUCCUCUUCAAUUCCCCUGUAAAUUUCUCUCCCACUUCAAUGUUGUGCUGUGAUGAUCAAUUGAUCAAUGAACAUCAAUCAAAAACUUGGUUGUAAAAAUGUCAACUUUGCAAAUGAGAGACCACAAGCAUCAGACUGUGGUUAUCAUUUUUUUUUUCUGUAAUGUAAAUGGGAUCAAUAAAUAAACGGACAAAAAUAUUUUAUAUAAAAUAAAAAAAAAAUCAGAAAAAUACUAGGAGAUUAUGUCUCUUUUACAAUUUGGUGGCAAAAUAUCUUAGCAAGAGUACAGAUAUAUGUGUUAUGUCAUCGUUGGUGUCGUGGAUAAAUGUUACUUGUGUCUAAUAAAUAUAUAAAUGUGUCAAGAAAUUGUGUUCGCUUGGGAAAAAAAAAAAACAUUUUCGUUCCAGAGUAAUCUGUGAACUGCUAAAGAAUAUUGUGUGCUCCAAAUAUAUUAGCCAUUUUUUGCAAACAUAGUUGUAGAAUGCUGAGUUUUUUUACCUUCGUUUCUAUGUGAAUGUCAUUUUAUUAUAAAACUUAUAUAUAUUUCAUGUUUCUAGAUGCUAUUGUGGAGAAAAUAUUCAAAGCUGUGUUUGUUGUACCUAUCUAUGCUUGGAUUUAAAUACUGAUGCUAUUAGUACUUUAGAUAAAUGGAUAUUUGUAUAUAACUUGAUGCUAUUAGUACUUUAGAUAAAUGGAUAUUUGUAUAUAACUUGAUGCUAUUAGUACUUUAGAUAAAUGGAUAUUUGUAUAUAACUUUUGACUCUUAUAACAAGAAUACACACUUCUGACCACGAUAUAUUUUUCAAACAAAGCACUUUGCUUAUGAAAUUUAAUUUGAUCUUAUAAUAUUAAGCUAUUGUAUCCAAGAAAUAUUUUAUAAAUUCUAAUUCAAUACUCUUCGGCUAGCAAAUAAUCUUUUAAGAAUUCCUCACUCUGUAAAAAGUAGUCACAAAAAAUGUGUGAGAAUACAAUUUUUUUUAUUAUCAAAGAAUCUUUAUGAAACCUCAUAAUCUUGUUUCAUUAUUUAUAAUUAAAAUGAUUAUUCUAAGAGUGUAUUUUGUAUAUGUUUUGUUGGUAUCAAAAGUUACUGUGUUUGUCAGUGACUAAAUUAUUUGUAUACUUUGUAUACUGUACGUUGUAUACUUCGUACUCUUUCUGGUUCUUUUAAUAUUUUUCGUACUUUAUUUUAGUCAUAUUUUUAGUGAUGAUAGUCAUAUUCGACGCAAAGAAAAUUCUAUUUUUCUUUGAUAAAUUGCCUAAUUUACCUUUAGAUAUAGAUAUCUAGUAAUAGACGAAGAUAAGACACGUCGUCUUUUAUAAAAAGAGAUUGUUUUAGCUAAAAUUACAAAACUAAUUUUGGAAGCGGAUCUACAUCUAUAAUAUUUCAUACACUUAAAAAUAUCUUGAAACAUGGUAUUUAUAAACGGAACAUGAAUAUUAUUAUUUCAAUUUAAAUUAUGUAAAUUUCAAUGAAAUCUGAUGGAAGUAUUUUUAUAACUGCGCUAAAAAUGACACAAGAAGGAAUUUUAUACAAGAAUUAUUUUGUAAUCCGCAUGUUUCAAUAAUUGUCUCCUCAUUGAUAAAUAUUGCAGUAUGAAAAUUGUUAUGGAAACAGGUGCGGUGAUCCUUUCUUAUAUAAAAAUAUGAUAAAUAAUUUUACUUUUGUUUAUGAAGUACCCUCUAAAUAUGCUUUGAUAAAUGAAUUUCUUCAGAGUACCACCGGAGCAACCUAGGCUUAUGGAAACAUGCGACAUCAGACCUGUUAUCUGGGUCAAUGUUGCCAAUUUCCUCAUAUAAUAUAUAAAUGGCGCCAUUUGUUCUUUUUGUUGAAUUUCUUUAAUUAACUCAUCCAUCUAUUUUUGCUUAAAAUUAUCACAUGGUAUAGUAAGGAAUGUUUAAUAUGGAACAAAAGAUCUAUAAAAACUAUUUCAUAUUUAAACGUACAUUAGUUAUUGAUUUCUUCUUAUAUUAAAAAAAGUAUAACAUAGUUAUUCUUCAAAUCGUUUUUUAAUUAUUAUUUUGUAUAUAAUAAAUGAUUUGUUAGUGGUGCGUAUAAUAUGUACUAGUUUUGACAAUUAUUUGAAACUAUAAAUAUGUCAUAAUGGACAAGUAAUUAAAGAGAUAAUUAUUAUAAUGAUUUUUUUUUUUUUUUUGCUUUAUGAAUAUUUCCAGAUUUUUUUAAUGAAAGGAAUACAAUUUUUGAUACGGAUUUUGUUAAUGUAGUCUCAUAUAUAACCAUACGUAGAUUUUAGAUAGUUAUAAUAGUUAGUGAAAUCUUUUGUAUUUUGAAUCUAAGGUGUCGUUUUGAAUCUAUACUGUAUAGCUUUUACGGAACUGCUUUUUAGAAUAGUAUAAAUUUUUAUCCACAGUUGUUGCUUAAUAUGACAAGCUUGUAAAAUAUUUCCUAUGUAAUUGUUAUAAGCAUUUUAAGAUUUCUGCACAGUUGAUCAUGAAUUAAAAAAUGUGUAAAAUAAGUUGUGUUGAGAGUGUAUUUAUGUAUAUUGUUAUAUAUCAAGUGAAUUAAAUUUAGCGCUUUUAAAGUGUAUGCAAAAAAGCCUUUAGAAAAUGCUAGUUUUGAAUGGCUGAAAAAAAAUGCGAUUGUAUGAUUGAGUAUUUUUAUGCUUUUAAUGGCUGCAAUACUUACUCGUAGAAAUUUCAUAAACAUUUUUUCGCACGUUUGCAAGAAAAUUUACCCAAGAAAUUUUUAAUAUCUUUAAAUUUGAAAAUGUAUUUUUAAAAUGUGAUUGUAAAUUUCAAACAGCUGGAUGUCAUGUACAUAAUUAGAAAUUUAUAGCAUCAAUGAAAUAUAAGGCUUUGGCAUUUCUUCUUCAUAUUUUAACUGUUGCUGAUUGUAUGACAACAAUGCCUUAAUCAGAGAAAUUAGAUUAUUGUAUGAUUAUUAUUAUUUACGGAAGCUGUUAUGCAAUAUGCGCUGUCUAAUAGUUGUUGUAGUUGCAAGCAAAUAUAUGUAUGUCUAUGGCGUGAAAAAUUCCAAUGUAAUAGAAAAAUGUAGAUUCUGCUGAUAAAUAAAGAC